GCCACCGGGAGGAUUGAAGAAACCGGAAGGGGCGGGCCUACGGGAAAGGGAGGAGCGGAAGUACCCAACCACAGUCCGCGAGGAGAGAGCCGGGGGCCGCCAUCUUGGCGCCGCAGCUCCAGGGAGCCGCCAUCUUGGGGGAGCACACUGAAGACCUGCCAUCUUCGGUCUUCGUACGGACAGGACGCAGUUGCCAUCUUAAUCAAACACAUUCCUCCGCGGGCAUUUUUAGUUGUUGGGCGAAGGGUCUUUCUGCGCCUGCGUUCUCAUUGGCGCUCCCCGCCUUUCGUUCAAGCCCGUUUCUUUAAGCGGCGUGCGCUAAGCAUAGGCGUUAGGACUCCAACAAGGAUUCAGAGGCAAAAAUUAAACAGUCCCCUUCCCCGAGGAGUUUAUAUCCGUGAGGAGGGUGGAGAAAGCUAGCGUGCAGCAGGAACUGCAAGAGAUCGAGUGCUGGAUACAAAUUUAGGAUUUCUAAGACUUAAAUUCAUUCUCUCUUACCUACCAACUUUGUGAUUUUGGGCUGAAAACUCCAAGAAAAGAGAUCUAGGACCUCAGCUGGAUCUUCCACACUACUGCUGCCAGAGGCUGCUAUUUCUAGGAUAAAAGUAGGGAGAUGCAAGGGAGCUGGUGAAGAGUUUCUUUUUUUCCCUACAAUGGUUGACAGCACCAAGUAUGAAGUGGCUGCCCAGCAUGAUGAAGAUGCCCCUUCCUUGGCCAAUGGGCCCAGUUCAGGACCCGAACAGAUGAAACUGAAGAAGGAGAUCUCCCUGCUCAAUGGGGUGUGCCUGAUCGUGGGGAACAUGAUCGGCUCUGGUAUCUUUGUUUCACCCAAAGGGGUCCUCAUGUACAGUGCUUCCUUUGGUCUCUCUCUUGUUAUCUGGGCUGUUGGGGGCCUCUUCUCGGUCUUUGGAGCCCUUUGCUAUGCUGAACUGGGGACCACCAUCAAGAAGUCUGGGGCUAGCUAUGCCUACAUUCUUGAAGCUUUUGGGGGCUUCAUGGCCUUCAUCCGACUCUGGACUUCCCUGCUUAUCAUUGAGCCCACCAGCCAGGCCAUCAUUGCCAUCACCUUUGCCAACUACAUGGUACAGCCGUUCUUCCCCAGCUGUUUUGCUCCAUAUGCUGCUGGACGCCUGCUUGCAGCUGCCUGCAUCUGUCUUUUAACCUUCAUCAACUGUGCUUAUGUCAAAUGGGGAACAAUGGUACAGGAUAUUUUCACUUAUGCGAAAGUCCUGGCCCUGAUUGCAGUCAUCAUCGCGGGCAUUGUCAGAAUAGGCCAGGGACAGGCGACUAACCUUGAAAAUUCAUUUGAGGGAUCUUCAUUUUCAAUGGGAAAUAUUGCUUUGGCACUGUAUUCUGCUCUUUUCUCCUAUUCGGGCUGGGACACUCUCAACUAUGUCACCGAGGAGAUCAAGAAUCCUGAAAGGAACUUGCCCCUCUCCAUUGCCAUUUCCAUGCCCAUUGUCACCAUUAUCUACAUUUUGACCAAUGUGGCCUACUACACUGUGCUGAGCAUGACGGACAUCAUGGACAGUGAUGCUGUUGCUGUGACAUUUGCUGACAGAAUUUUUGGGAUGUUCAACUGGACAAUUCCCUUGGCUGUUGCCUUAUCCUGUUUUGGGGGUCUCAAUGCUUCCAUUGUGGCGGCUUCCAGGCUUUUUUUUGUGGGCUCACGAGAAGGCCACCUCCCCGAUGCCAUCUGCAUGAUUCACGUUGAAAGGUUUACUCCAGUGCCAUCCCUGCUCUUCAAUGGAGCCAUGGCACUCAUCUACUUGUGUGUGGAGGACAUCUUCCAGCUUAUCAACUAUUACAGCUUCAGCUACUGGUUCUUUGUGGGUCUCUCCAUUGUGGGGCAGCUCUACUUACGCUGGAAAGAACCCAAUCGACAUCGGCCCCUCAAGCUCAGCUUGUUCUUCCCCAUCAUCUUCUGCCUUUGUACUGUCUUCCUGGUGGCUGUCCCUCUUUACAGCGAUACCAUCAACUCCCUUAUUGGCAUUGGCAUUGCCCUCUCAGGCCUGCCCUUUUACUUCUUCUUUGUCAGAGUGCCAGAACACAGGCGGCCACACUUUCUGCGGAGGACUGUGGCUUUGGUCACCAAGUAUAUCCAAGUCCUGUGCAUGUCUGUUGCUUCAGAGAUGGAUUUUGAAGAUGAGGAAGAGAUGUCCAAACAACAAGGCUCCAAGUCUGACUAAUCAACAUUCUAACUUCUCCCCUCAUGAGACACUGAGGGCAGGGAAUUUCCUUUUUCCAGUGGCCAGGGCCAAAGGGAUGGGAUUGAAACAGCCUACCAAGUCCAGAAUCUGCUUUGGGACAUCUAUAGGAACCAUUUGAACUUAUUCUUUAAGAGAAGUGGAGAAUAAUUUAUUGUUUUUGUUACUAAUUGUUCAAGGUUUUUUAACUGUAAGAUUGGGGGUGAGAAGAAACAUGCCUUGGGUUUGGUUUUCCUAUUAAUUUUUCCUCAGGAGGAGGAAAAACAGGGGCAAGUGUCAGAAUGACUAAUCAGUAGCUGAAUUCUGCACCACCCACCCACCCCUUUUUCCCACUAAAGCCCACCAGGGCUAGCAAUGCUCCUGUCUGCAUCAGGGAGGAACCUGAUGGGCUGAGGGCACUUGUAGGACCAUCUUGGAUAACAAUAAAAGGGGAUACAGUGACCUCUUUAUUUGCACUGUCAGAUUUUCUCUUGGGAAGGUUCUGGCUGUGAUUUUCACAGAUGUGGUAUAUAGAUAGGGAAAAAAAUCUUGAUGCUCUAUAAGUGUCUCCCAGGUACUCCUUUUCCUCCAACCUUAAGACCAUAUGUUUUAUAUAGUCAGAUGAAAUUACUGUUUCGAAUGAGACUUAAAGAGAGUUAAAUUAUUAAAUGGUAAAAUGUUGAUUAAAAAGCUGACUUCUACCUCCACUGAAGGCAAACACGAAUUAUAACCAAAUUGGCAAAUAUCUCUCUUUCCUGGUCUUAAAAAAGUUACUUUCAUUAAUAAAUAUUUAUUUAGUUAGACCCAUCACCUGAAACAAUAUUGCAUGGGGUCUUUUUAGAGCCAUGCCUUGUGUAUGCUGUAGAUAAAGAUAAGGGAAAAUGUGACUGGGAAGUCUGCUGAACCCAGAGACGGAAGAUCAUGGUCCUACUCCCAAUUCUGACAGUUAGAAGCUGUAUGAUCAUAAGUCCAUUUCCUCAUCUGUAACAGGUGCAAAAUUAGAGUGAAUUAUCUCCCAGAGUUGGGGGUGAAAGUGUAGGACACAGACAUGAGCUAUUGAUUUAAUUAGAUCUGACUUCUCAACCAACUCAGGCAGAUACUUCUUCAAGCAAAGGUGACUAUUUUGCUGGAAAGUUUCUACAUGAAUGUAAAUGGAAUAAACAGAACUAUGGG